GCAGCAGGUGCAUAACAAGAUUCAACGGCAGCAGAUCAGUGCUUUACUAGAGGUAGCCCCCAAAAGGAUAGCAGUAAGCGUCGAACAAAUCGAACUCAAACAAAAGCGACUUUAUUCGGUAUGAAUUCAAAACAAAAUGGAAUUUUGCAGGGUGCGAGAGUAGGUUUUUCGAUCUGAAGAUAGAUUUCUAAAAAUAUGGUGACGCUAGUGUAGUUAACAUCAUACUCGGAGAGGUAAUAUUAUUUCGUAAUCCAUCGUCGAUUUGUGAAUAUGUUAAUGAUUCCAGCUACACAAAAUGGACACAAUUAUUUGAUUUCUUGAAAUUGUGGGUUUGAUUUUUUUUGAGUCGGAAAAACAGACCUGAUUCUGAAAAUGGAAGCCGUACUCGAAUGCUGAGCCUCGACGAUGGGAACAUCUUGUAACGUGAGAGGAAAGUGAUAGAGGAAGACACCAGUGGCUGAGAAAUACGUGAAAAUGGACUAGCACUACCCAUCAUGAGCAUUGAGCCGCUAGAAGUAACUAGUGCCGGCAAUAGCAAACGUUUCAUAAAAACUAUAGGGGAGAGGACACUCAAGAAUAGACAAGUGUCUUAAAUAAUAGGGAGGACGAGGAGCCAGAGCCUUCGUAAUUUAGACCCUUCGUAGCUCAGCGUGAAGAGGAAAGAUGGCUGCGAGGGAGGGAUCUGAAAUGACAUGGCUCCCAGAGCAGCACGAGGAGCAGCUGCAGUUGGGUUUCCGAAUUAUAGAUAACGCCUUCAAAAACAAAAUCCAUGGCUUGGAGCAAGAAAUACGAGCACUGGUACUGUUGACACAUUUUUGUAUAGUCGUCGCUUAAAGAAGAACCUCUUACCUUAAUGUCUGAAUUUAGCACCAAGCCGUCUUCAUCUUCUAAGAACCUCUUACCUUAAUGUCUGAAUCUCUUAAGUAUUUCAACACACACUGCUACUGGAGAUGCUAAAGAAGAACGACAUAAGGACUCUUAAGUAACAUUGUAAAGUCGCUUAAAGAAGAGAACGACAACAAGGACUCCUAAGUAUUUCAACACACACACUUGUAGAGUCGCUUAAAGAAGAACGACAACAAGGACUCAUCUUAAGUAUUUCAACACACAAUGUAGUAUCUUCGCUUAAAGAAGAACGACAAUAAGGACUCAGCUUAAGUACUUAUUUCAACAAACAAUGUAGUAUGCUGUAGUUCUAGUUGACUAGCAUCGAUCAUGUUGUACGUAGUUCAUUUCUUCCUUAGAGACUGCAUUGUUAAACUGACGACUCAUCCAUUAUAAUUGAAAAACAGCGAUUGACGAAUGAAGAGAAGACGCAGCAAGUAACAGUCCUGCAGAAGAAAAAUAGUAGCCUUGAGGUGGAGCUUAUAGAAAGCCACCAGCGAACACAGCAGCUCGGCGAGGAAAAUAAGGUACAAGUCUAGUAGUCACAAGUAGUUCAUUAGACUUUCCCAAUCUCAUGAAGGCGCGCUCGGCUUCUGGGCUUUUCCCUGCUUUACUGUUUGGAAGCAGCCGCGCCCACCCGCGUGGAUUUGGAGGCACAUUCAUAGCGGAAAGCGAGAAGCGAUUGCUUCUUGCUUCCGAUGUGUGUCCCCGUGUCGUGGGUGGGUUGAGUGCCCCCGAGUGGUAGGCGCUCCGCUGAAGGAGAAGGAGCACCGGGGCGGACAGAGUAGGCCCGGCUUAGUUGGGAAGGGAUUGGCGGCUACUUGGUAGCGAACGCGGCUCCUUUCGUGCCAUUCUUGGCUCGUUCAGCUUCAACCAAUCUGGUGCGCUGUAGGUAUAGUAGCGCGAAGGCUGCGCGCGGUGAGUGUUUUUUUGCGAGGACAGUCAAACGCCAGCGUUCUCUUUUUGUUGUAUACAUUUUUUGGCUUCGCCUCGUUUGUUGGUUAUUUUUGGGUCUAUGCCUCAGCGUCUUCAAUGAAUAUGAAAAAUGGAAAAGUCCCACAGGUCUUGCUUAUCGUGAUUGUGAUACUAGAUGUGUAGCCUUAUCCAUGUCCACCAAGCUUGCGUAGAUGGAUAUCGUAUGCAAGUGUAAAAGCCCUUUCUUGUACCCCGAAUCUAUUAUACCAGGAACUAUUCCGAACGGUACAAGCUUUGAGAAAACAAGUAAGCAGACUAGACGAUUUGAAGAAGACGCUGAUGGCAAGUCUGUCAGACGUGGAGCAGCAAGCAGUAGAGGACGCCAGUUCACUGUACUACCUACGAACUUAUUAUACGAUGACUUCUUAGAAAUAGACUAGCACUAGGACUAGCUUUAGGCUUUAAGCUACUUUUACAUUCACUCUUCAAAUACAGGAGCUAUUCAACGCCACCUGACGACGAGGUGGAGAUGGCUGAGAACCUGUAGACCCAUGAUGUGCUUCGAUUUGAGAUAUGAAUCGAAUGAUCAUCCGCAUAACACUUAUGUCACAUGCAAGAAACAUUGAAAUCAUCUAAACAGGUUAAUGUCAGAGGAAUAUCUGCGGUCAGCAGUGCCACUCACAGCCGCGAGCGUUACAGGAGUGCCUAGUAAUGUCUAUCAGAGGCCAGAAAAUAGCAGCCCUCAGAACGGUAUUAUGAUUUUGAUUAGAAUUGUUAUCGUAGUGCGUUCUUCACGUCUACUAUACUUUUUUUCAUGAUCAUUGUUCUUUAGACGUGAUGCGGUGGUUAUCCGUCCCACACCUUCUUUUAUCUUCCUCUCACAGCCAUGCGACAAAGCGGCGAUUUAUUAGGAGCAGGAGCAUCACCAGGCGUAGACGGAAAGCAGUUUUUCCGAAAUGCUAGGGCACGACUCUCGUACUGUGGAUUUUAGACACCAUGAUGAUUGAUGUCUAUUUUCUAUCUAUCUAUCAUCCCCAAACCCACACCUGCUCCCACCGUUCACCCUCUCAACGCACUUAAUCCAUAAUGAUCUUCAAGGUACGAAGCGUUCAACGGUUUCUUAGCGAACAUCAAGCGACUGAACAAUCACCAACAAACGCGGGAUGAGACUCUAGACGAGGCACAGAGGAUAUUUGGCUCCGAGCACCAAGACCUCUAUAGAGAGUACUUAGCUACUACAACUUUUAGUAAUUUUAUUGCUUUCUACUUCUACUUCUGCUGCAUCGUCCGUUCCUUUCUAAGUCCACCUGAUGAUGACUACUUCUACCAAAAUCCCUGCUCUCUCGUUCCUCCAGGUUUGUCCAGCUCUUGAACCGGCAUGCUUAGCGUUCGUGGAUUUAGAGUCACUGCGUGAGCUGAGCUUUUUGUCCACCUGGUGAGAGCUAAAAAUGAUGGUCCCCUUUCCCGCACUAUCCCUGAGUGCGACCUCUUAGCACAGCUUUAGGGAUUUUUCAAGAGAGAAUGUCACAGGAAUUAGUCAACACACCUAAUAAGUUUACAGGAGUCAACUACAAUGUCAAUGUCAAACUUCCAAGUUACCUUUUUAGCUUUUUUUUCAGUACAACAGGUCAACAAGAAACUCAUUUGACAAGUGUUUAUUACAUGGUCGAGUGUGCCAUUUAGUCUCUAUAAGUAGCAUUAGCUAGGGUUUAAUCAAUGUCAAUCAGGAUGAAUCACUACGUACUGUCAACAUACGUAGAACUAGAAGUAAAGACGAAUUGAUAUUUCGUCACGAGGUCCUUGUCUGGGUAAAACGCCAAUUAUCCCGUUACGAACUUCAACGCCAUAAGGAUUUAGAAAAAGGGUAUUUUGAAAAUCAAUGAAUCAAGGUCAGAAAUUAUAGCGUGCAGAGAAGACCAAAGCAGCUAGCAACAGAAUUGCUCCAUACAUCGGCUCUAACGUGCUAGCGUGUCUUCCUUGUUACACAAACAAACAUCGAAUUGCAGUACGCGUAGUGAAGUAAACUUGCUUCAGUGCCAGCCUUCGUGUUCAACAACGCGAGUACUGAAAGCUUUAUUUUUUAUGGACGAG